AUGCGAGACGAAAAAACAGCCCAAGAACAGGGCUCCGCGUUACCAUCUACUUCGAGCUUCUUUUCCUUCCUACUCGGAGCUGAUUUAUGCGGAAACAUGCCUUGCACUUGUACCUGGAGGAACUGGAGACAGUGGAUUCGACCUUUGGCGGUGGUUCUCUACCUGUUGUCCAUAGUGGUUGCGGUUCCCCUCUGCGUGUGGGAACUACAGAAACUGGAGGUUGGAAUACACACCAAGGCUUGGUUUAUUGCAGGAAUCUUUUUGCUGUUGACUAUACCGAUCUCGCUUUGGGUGAUACUGCAACAUUUAGUGCAUUAUACACAACCUGAACUACAGAAACCCAUAAUAAGGAUUCUUUGGAUGGUACCCAUAUACAGUUUGGAUAGUUGGAUAGCUUUGAAGUAUCCCAGCAUUGCAAUAUAUGUGGAUACCUGCAGAGAAUGUUAUGAAGCUUAUGUCAUUUACAACUUUAUGGGAUUCCUUACCAAUUAUCUAACUAACCGCUAUCCAAAUCUGGUAUUAAUCAUUGAAGCCAAAGAUCAGCAGAAACAUUUCCCUCCUUUGUGUUGCUGUCCACCGUGGACUAUGGGAGAAGUAUUGCUGUUUAGAUGCAAACUGGGUGUCUUACAAUAUACAGUCGUCAGACCAUUCACCACCAUCAUUGCUUUAGUCUGUGAGUUACUUGGUAUAUAUGAUGAAGGGAACUUUAGCUUUUCAAAUGCUUGGACUUACUUGGUUAUCAUAAACAAUAUGUCUCAGUUGUUCGCCAUGUAUUGUCUCCUGCUCUUUUAUAAAGUGCUGAAGGAAGAGCUGAGUCCAAUCCAACCUGUUGGCAAAUUUCUUUGUGUAAAGCUGGUGGUUUUUGUUUCUUUUUGGCAAGCAGUAGUUAUUGCUUUGUUGGUAAAAGUUGGCGUUAUUUCUGAAAAGCAUACAUGGGAAUGGCAGACGGUAGAAGCUGUGGCCACAGGACUCCAGGACUUUAUUAUCUGUAUUGAGAUGUUCCUUGCUGCUAUCGCUCAUCACUACACUUUCUCAUAUAAACCGUAUGUCCAAGAAGCAGAAGAGGGCUCAUGCUUUGAUUCCUUUCUUGCUAUGUGGGACGUUUCAGAUAUUAGGGAUGAUAUUUCUGAACAAGUAAGGCAUGUUGGAAGGACAGUCAUGGGACAUCCUAGGAAAAAGUUUUUUCCUGAGGAUCAAGAUCAAAAUGAACAUACAAGCUUGUUAUCAUCAUCAUCGCAAGAUGCACUCUCCGUUGCCUCUUCAGUGCCGCCCUCACCCGUGGGUCACUAUCAAGGGUUUGGACACACCGUGACCCCCCAGACUACACCAACCACAGCUAACGCAUCUGACGACACAGGUAACGAUGCUGCAGGAGCGAGAGAAGAGUCGUCAGAGAAGCCCGUGGCCUCCUGAGCAGUGUGCAGCAGCAGACUGUGCUACUACCGUGUUACUUCACUACCUGGUGUCCCGUUGCUCAGGAUCUUGUGCUUAGGACAAGCCAUUAAUGAUGGAAAAUUUGAACACAACGGCAAAAACCAGGUACAGCCACCGGAUUUAUACAACUAGGUUUUGUAUAUCACAAAUAAUCAGUCUAAAUGUCCUAGACUUAGACUUAACACUACAGAGUAUCACAUACUCAACUGGUAGACAAUGACUACUAACCAUUCCUGACGUUACUUUAUCAAGAGGAGGACAUUUUAAGAAAUCUGUGCUUCCUACCACUGCUGCAUGAAUACAAUGCUCUGGAACUAGCAGAAAGUAUAAUUCAGAAAUGCGAGUUAGUGGACCUCAAUCAUAAUCAUGUGCCAUAUAUGCUUACCUAACAAUUAUUUCUCUAUUUCUCAAAUGAAUGUCUUUCAAUAAAUGAGAAUUUAUCAUUUA